AUGUCCUCCGACCCCCCGACCCCCCGACCCCCCUCGACUCUCCACGCUCUAUAUCAACCUCCCCCCUCCCCCUCCCCCCGCCGAGCACGCACCGCAUCCCUCCAAUCCCUCAUCGACGCCAACCCGCACUACGGCUUCUGCGCGGCCACCGGCGACGCCCUCGCAUCCGCACCCUCGCUCAAAGACCUCCGUCGCAACAGCGCCGGCAGCCGCACUGCCAUGGGGGCGCGCAGGGGGAGCAGUGUCAGUGCUGCCAGCCCCGGCGUGGGCGGGGUGGGCAGGAGUGGGAGCUUUCCGAUACAUGAGCAUGAGUAUGAAGAGGAGGAGUUGGGGAGGGGCAGGGCCGCCGCGGCGGCGGCGGAUAAGGAUAAGGAUGGCGAUGGGGGUGGUGGUGGUGGUGGUGGUGGUGGUGUGGUGGAGAAGGGGGAGGAGGAGAAGGAGCAUAACCCGGGCUGGUGGGCGGUCACGGUACAGGGACUGCUAUCGUUCUGGAAGUUCUUCAUAACCCCACUAGGCUUCUGCAUCACAAUCUACAUGCUCAACAUCGUCGCCUGGGGCGGCAUGCUCUUCCUCCUCCUCGUCAACGCCGCGCCCGCAAUGUGCAAACCCAGCUGCAACGCCAUCGACUCCCCACGCCGCAUCUGGAUCGAGAUCGACUCGCAGAUCCUCAACGCGCUCUUCUGCGUCACCGGCUUCGGCCUGAUCCCAUGGCGCUUCCGCGACCUCUACUUCCUCCUCAAGUGGCGCGUGGCCGGACAGAAGGCCGCGCUGGUGCGGCUCGCCCAGAUCCACGAUGGGUGGUUCCGUGUUCCCGCCGAGGUGGGGCAGGGGGAGACGGUGACGGGCGAGAGGGCGCCGCCGACAAAGAGCUGGAAGAUGGAUUUUGUGGUGUGGCUGUAUGUGUGGAAUACGUUUCUGCAGGCGGUGCUGAGUGGGUUUAUGUGGGGCAUGAACCGCAUUGAGAGGCCGAGCUGGAGCACGGGGUUGUUUGUGGCGCUGGCGUGUAUUGUGGCGGGGGUGGCGGGGGGGAUGGUGUGGUGGGAGGGGAGGAAGGUGAAGAGGAUUGAGGGCGUCGAGGAGAAGGAGGAGGGGAAAAGGGGGGAGAAGAGGGCGGAGGAGAUAGUGGAGGUGUAG